AUGUGUGAGGGAUUCACGCAAGGUCAAGAUCGCCCACACAAGGUCAAGAUCGGCCACACAAGGUCAAGAUCGCCCACACAAGGUCAAGAUCGGCCACACAAGGUCAAGAUCGGCCACACAAGGUCAAGAUCGCCCACACAAGGUCAAGAUCGGCCACACAAGGUCAAGAUCGGCCACACAAGGUCAAGAUCGGCCACACAAGGUCAAGAUCGGCCACACAAGGUCAAGAUCGCCCACACAAGGUCAAGAUCGCCCACACAAGGUCAAGAUCGGCCACACAAGGUCAAGAUCGGCCACACAAGGUCAAGAUCGCCCACACAAGGUCAAGAUCGGCCACAAAAGGUCAAGAUCGCCCACACAAGGUCAAGAUCGCCACACAAGGUCAAGAUCGCCCACACAAGGUCAAGAUCGCCCACACAAGGUCAAGAUCGCCCACACAAGGUCAAGAUCGGCCACACAAGGUCAAGAUCGGCCACACAAGGUCAAGAUCGGCCACGCAAGGUCAAGAUCGCCCACACAAGGUCAAGAUCGGCCACACAAGGUCAAGAUCGCCCACACAAGGUCAAGAUCGGCCACGCAAGGUCAAGAUCGGCCACACAAGGUCAAGAUCGGCCACACAAGGUCAAGAUCGGCCACACAAGGUCAAGAUCGGCCACACAAGGUCAAGAUCGGCCACACAAGGUCAAGAUCGCCCACGCAAAGUCAAGAUCGCCCACGCAAAGUCAAGAUCGCCCACGCAAAGUCAAGAUCGCCCACGCAAAGUCAAGAUCGCCCACGCAAAGUCAAGACAGAUCAGGAGAGGUCAUGAAAUUGACGUGGAUUCAGCAUCCUCAGGACGUGGACUCAGCAUCCUCAGGACGUGGACUCAGCAGCCUCAGGACGUGGACUCAGCAGCCUCAGGACGUGGCCUCAGCUAGGACGAGGACUCAGCAGCCUCAGGACGUGGCCUCAGCUAAGACGUGGACUCAGCAGCCCCAGGACGUGGACUCAGCCAGCCCCAGGACGUGGACUCAGCAGCUUCAGGACGUGGACUCAGCAGCCUCAGGACGUGGACUCAGCAGCCCCAGGACGUGGACUCAGCAGCCCCAGGACGUGGACUCAGCAGCCCCAGGACGUGGACUCAGCAGCCCCAGGACGUGGACUCAGCCAGCCCCAGGACGUGGACUCAGCAGCUUCAGGACGUGGACUCAGCAGCCCCAGGACGUGGACUCAGCAGCCCCAGGACGUGGACUCAGCCAGCCCCAGGACGUGGACUCAGCAGCUUCAGGACGUGGACUCAGCAGCCUCAGGACGUGGACUCAGCAGCCCCAGGACGUGGACUCAGCAGCCCCAGGACGUGGACUCAGCAGCCCCAGGACGUGGACUCAGCAGCCCCAGGACGUGGACUCAGCCAGCCCCAGGACGUGGACUCAGCAGCUUCAGGACGUGGACUCAGCAGCCCCAGGACGUGGACUCAGCCGUCACGGGGACCUAGUAGCCAAAGAGGUGGAAAAUGGCGUGAAGAAAAUGUGGGAUUUAUGGUGUCCACUCCGACGCGACAAAUGA